AUGAGGUGGUUUACUUCUGUCCUGCAGACUAGCUUUCUUUUACAAUAUACUCUUCUGCACAAUUCACAAUUCACAAUUCCGACAAUUUGUGGCAGUUUAAAGGUCAUGUCUCGUCUAAUUAAUAAAGAGUGGAUGAACGAAAGUGAUAGAGGAGGUCAUGUUUAUACAAAGGGGGUUGAAGAUUUUCUUGAAUUUGCUGAUAGAACCAAUGUUACUGAGUUGGCCACAAUACCUUGCCCAUGUGUAAAAUGUCGAAAUAGGAUGCGUCAUACUCCUAUAAAUGUUAGAAAACAUCUCGUCAGAAAUGGCAUAGACAAAUCAUAUACGUUAUGGGCUUUGCACGGUGAAAAACCAUUUGUGAAUUCCUUUAUUGAUCCAAUUGCUGAAGAUGCUCACCAAGAAAACAUUAGAGAAGAACAAAUAUUGGUUAGAGAGCUUGAGAUGCGCAAUUUGGUGGACAAUAUUCAUGGGUUGCAUGGGGAAUAUGAAGAAACCGGUGGUGUUGGCCAGGAAAAAGUUUCAGAAGAACAACAUUUUAGUAGUGAAAAAUAUAAUGAAUACAAAAGAUUAUCAUCUGAGAAAUUAUACUCUUCAUGUGAAGGAUCAGAGACAACACUUUCUGCGAUUGUGGAGUUGCAUAAUCUUAAAAAGCAAUUUGGUUGGUCAGGAAAUAGUGUAACAACACUUUUGAUCAUUCUGAAAAGAUGGCUUCCAAAAGACAACACCUUGCCAGAUACAUACCCACGUAUGAAGAGUAUGAUGAAAGAUUUAGGGAUGAAUGCAAACUUUAUUCAUGCAUGUGUCAAUAAUUGUGUCCUAUUCUGGAAAACAAAUGAAGAUAAGGAGCAUUGCCUUCAAUGUGGCGAACCUAGAUAUACUGUGAGAUCCAAAAGGGGGGGUAGAGUCCGUAAAGAACCUUUAAAAGUUUUAAGACAUUUCCCAUUAAUUCCAAGACUAAUUAGACUUUACACUAUACCAUGGAUAGCGCAUGAGAUGACGUGGCAUGAUAGAUCAACCUCUUCAUGGGAAUACAUGCGGCAUCCAUCUGAUUCUCCCCAGUGGGGAAUGUUUAAGAGUAAAUGGGCAGAAUUUUCUAAUGAGCGACGGAAUAUUUUUCUUGGAAUUGCAACUGAUGGAUUCAAUCCCCGUGGCAUCCAAUCCUCAAGCUACAGUUGUUGGCCUGUGAUCACAGUGCCUUAUAAUCUCCCUCCUUCAUUGUGCAUGAAGCGAGAAUUCCAAAUGUUGUCGUUACUAAUUCCAGGACCAAAAGCACCAGGUCAAGACAUUGAUGUUUUCCUUCAACCACUAGUAGAAGAGUUGAAGCUGUUGUGGGAAAAAGGAGUGUUAGCUUUUGACAGUUAUGAAAAGGAAUCUUUCACCUUAAAAGUGAUGCUAAUGUGGGGAAUUCAUGAUUUUCCUGCUUAUGGAAAUCUAUCUGGGUACCGUUUUAUGCGCAUGAGACUCAAUCUCGACAGAGAACUGUUUGACCAAAAAAUCGAACGCACUUUUCGAGCUGCCAGGAGACUUCAACGCAAGAAUAAUAUAAUUGAGGACGACGAACGCAGAGACGCAGAGGGUUAUUUACUCGAUGCGAACAUAAUUUGA